CGUCGCGCCGGGGGCCGGAGUUGACGGACGGUCUCUGGCUGCUCCGGGGCGGCCGGGGGACCGCGGAAGAGGCUUCCCGGGGCGGCCGCGAUGCCUAGCUCGCGGCGGGUCAGUCAGCUCCUGGAUCUGAUACAGGUGUUACAUGGAUGAGAAGAUUGAUGGUAUUUGGAAGACUUACAAAAAGACAACAUGAGGAGCUCCACAUUUGCUCCCUCGUUAAGUAAGAAUAAAAGUUGAAAAUUAUAAAAGACAACAAACUGCUUAAAGUCUCUGGAAAUCUUCCUAAGGGCAUACAGCAAAUGAAAAAACAUUCAUUCAAUAUAAUCCUUUAAAAGUCAAUAAGAAAAAUAAAAUAAAACUCAAUAAGAACAACGAGAGUCUACGCCACUCCAGAUGUAUAUGGCUAAGGUGAUGGGGCUACCUCUCCCCGCCCAGCUCCUAGUCAAGGACUUCAGUAUUUUCCUGAGAAGAACAGAAUGCCAGCAUUUCUUGUCACAUUCCUCCCCCUGAUACUUGUUCACAGGCUAAAUUAUGGAUGCCUGUGGUGCUUCAUGAAGAAUAUUUCCAGAUAUAUCACAGACAUUAAGCCUUUGCCUCCCAACAUAAAAGAUAGACUGAUUAAAAUAAUGAGUACCCAGGGGCAGAUAACAGAUUCAAAUAUAAGUGAGAUUUUACAUCCUGAAGUCCAAACACUAGAUCUAAGAAGCUGUGACAUUUCAGAUACUGCUCUCCUACACCUGUGCAACUGCAGAAAAUUAAAGAAAUUAAAUAUAAGUUCCUCAAAAGAAAACAGAAUUUCCAUAACUUCAAAAGGAAUAAAAGCUGUGGCUUCCUCUUGUUCAUACCUCCAUGAAGCUUCUUUGAAAAGAUGCUGCAAUCUUACUGACGAAGGAGUCCUUGCUCUUGCACUCAACUGUCGGCUGUUAAAGAUCAUUGAUUUAGGUGGCUGUUUAGGAAUUACUGAUGUGUCCUUACACGCAUUGGGAGAAAACUGCCCAUUUUUGCAGUGUGUUGAUUUUUCAGCUACUCAGGUAUCUGAUGAUGGUGUGGUUGCUCUUGUUAAUGGACCUUGUGCCAAGAAAUUAGAGGAGAUUCAUAUGGGACAUUGUGUGAAUCUGACUGAUGAGGCUGUAGAAGCUGUCCUUACUUGCUGUCCUCAGAUACGUAUAUUACUCUUCCAUGGAUGCCCCCUAAUAACAGGGUGGUCUCAGCCAAGAACUCAAAGAUAGAAGGGAAAUUAUUUUUCUUCUCCUACAGUUUCUACAUUGUUCUGGCAAGGGAUCACCAAAUCCUUAGAGAACCCAACCCACAGUUUCUCUUUGGAGCAUUGAUUAUUCCUACUACUGAAACUCAGUCCUAACUACUCAGCAUUUUCUCAGGAAAAGGGUGCCUGACAAGACUUUGAGUAAUGUAAUACUGCCACCUAGCAGUAUUACAUUACAGAAUUUUAAAAUUACAUAAAAAUAUACUGUAUGGAAAAAUAUAUAUAUACUGUAUGGUUUAUUGGAGGGAAAAAUAUCAUCCAAUUCAUGUGCAAUAAUAGAUUUCUACAGAAGGAUGACACAAGUAAAGUUGGAAACAAAUAUGUAUUUGUAAUGUUUGAUAACAUGUUCAUAAUUAGUAAAAAUGUCAAAAUAAUCCUAAAAACACCAAUUAAAAUGAAAUUGGGGGCAGCCCGGGUGGCU